UGUGAAGAUACAAUUUUAGUUUACAACACGAAGCUACUAACCAAAGAAUGAAAGCUGCGGAGAAGCAACGAAAAAGGGGAGCUCAAGAUUUUAAAUCUCUAACUUUUUUCUCAUCACCUCUCGAAGCAAGAUGUCGUGUUGAGCGGUGUCAUCGGCGGCGCGCACCUGCGCCGAAGAAGAAAGAUGCAGCAAAGAUGCCCAGCACAAGUAGCAAGGGACGUGUGCUGAGGUGGAUCUGCAGAGCCACCUGGUGUUUGUGGCUAGACCAUGCCGUGGCGCUGCGGCUGGUCAAAUAUGCGUUCGUACGACAAGAGCCUAGUACGACAGCCAAGAACGUCGGGUCUAAAACUGCAUCAGAAGUAGACACGCCCGUUGUGAUCAUUCCCCGGAGCAGCGACCAAGUUCCUGCUGCACCACCGAUUCUGGAGCAUGCGGAGAAACCUCCCGCAAUUGUACCCGUCGAUCCACGAGAUGGCGAGGACAUUCCGUGCAAAUGUCUUCCCGCAGGUGUAGAUGAGAACGACGCGGAAAUGUGCGCAGAGAGAGGUGGUGAAGACAAAGAUAGUUGCGAAACGGAUUUGAAGUGCCGGCAGACGUGUGAGGUUUCCACCAUUAUUUGGCAUUUUUUAUAGUAUUUUUAUAGAUACACAUAAACAUAUCACAACAGCUCUCUCUUGCAAACUGGAGGAUGAUGGAAAGAUGCUUUUUUUCCUGCUUUGAGUAAGUAUUUCAAUAACUCUUCGAAGAAAAUCAGACCUUGCAGGGGCACGUGCACUGAGGGAACUAACUACCUAACUUCCAAAUUAAAUUUGUAGAUUUUUCCGGUGCACACAACGCCAUUGCAAUGGGGUCCUGGGUACUACGAAGUGGUGGCCGCAGAUGGGAUUCCUCUGUUGUCACCGUCUUGGACGCCAGAUCAGUCUGAGCAGCCGCCGUAUGAAAAACAAUCUCUCGGCGGGAAAUACCUCUUGCGCAUGGGGGACACGUUUGUUAUGCGACUCGUGGCUCUGAGGUGAUCAGACAAUCCACGUGAAUAAAUAAGUUUUUGAAAAUGUUGUUGUUGUGGUAAUGCUUCUCCUUUCAUCCUCUUCUCUCUGAGAAUUGACAAGGCGUAGGAUGAUAUGGUGGAAAGCUAGCAAGUAGAAUAGAGUCUGCCAGAUUCUACAAGGGAAACUAGAUGUUACUUUUCCUUUUGUAAAUUAGUUCCACCCUAUUUAGAGAUUUAGAAUUUAGGGAGUCCCCGGUAUACCUCAUCAUUGUUCUAAGCAGCAAGUGUACUGGAAAUAAUUGCCCAUGCUCUAAUCUUUAGGCUGAAGAUGAGGUAUUGAAGCAAAACGGUGAGGAUGUCCAGCGGUAUCUGAAGAUUAGGUCGCCUUGUGCGGCUUGGGUGCCCGUCUUCGAUGCUAUGGGGGGAAAACCACUGAUUAAGCGCACACUAGCGAAAAACACCACGAUCGGAAGAACCCCAACAAAUUGGGUAGAGCCGACCAGCGAUCCUGCAGAAAAGGAGACAAAAGUCGAGCACGUAUUUCGCGAUCAGGCGGCAAGUGCAGGAGAAGGUGCUUCUAGAUAAGGAGUUUCUUCCUGGGACACUAAAUUUGUUUCAACUAGAUACCGACUUUCAUCUUCGUGGGACACAAGAAAAGCUGUUCAUUGACAUCAUCACUGUGGAGUUACAUCAUCAUCAUCAUCUUGGAGUUAUUUUCAUUACUUUUUACAUGUGAGUUUUUUUGUUGUGCUGUGACAAAAAGCCAAGUUUUUAGGAGAACAAGGAAGUUAGGAGACUUCCGUGUUCCUAGGUCACACACUACUCUCCUUGUUUCUAGCGGAGUAACUCAAUUCCGUUAGAUCUGACGAGAAAAGACGUAUAUCAUGACAUGACAAGCAAUUGAUUUUCUCGUUUUUUCAGCGCCGUACGUUUCGAAUCCUAUGCAUUCGCAAGGCCCUAACGACUUGCGGAAUAGCGAGAAACUAGGAGGUUUGAGCGAAGACUCGAAGAUUCCCACUGUGGAGGAGCAGAUCAAGCAAGUUUACGAAGCAGGCACUCUUGACCCGACCCGCGCAGCGCCUGAGGUCCCCGUGUUAAGGCUCAGACUUCAUUGGUUAUCACUGCAGAGAGAUGUCAUUGAUGACAUCGAAGAGGAGACUCCGCCUUAGAGAACAGGGAAAGGGUUCCUCGAGCUGCGCAGGGGUCUGGUCUUUUCAGAAUUGGUAACCCAUGGCUUCCGCCCUUUAACUCUGGAUGUGCAGAAGGACGCGCUGAAAAGCGUCGGCAAGGCUGCUUCUUCUGCCGGUGGGCCCAGUGCUGGGAGCGAGGUUCCUCCGGGAUCAUCUUCGAGGACAGCCGGGGAAGCUCCUGGUAGCAGUGAGCAGCCGGGCUCUGGCAGCAGUAGGAGUCUUUCGUCGUCUGCCGAAGCUGUAACCGAAGUGGAGGCGGCGACACUCACAGGGGGAUCAGCGAUGGUGCCAGCGCCAAAGCCGGCAGCACGUGCGUCUGCCGAACAGCUAGUGCGGCCAGAAGAAGAUCCAGGCUUUGUGGUUGGAAUUGUACGUAAGCCACCACCUGAAAUCGUGGAUAUCAACACGCCAGUUUUCGAGGGCUCGGUAAUUGCUGGCUCAAAUUAAGACUAGAAUCUGAGCAUACUGCUACUGGGGAACAGCUUGUAAUUACUAAGAAGAACCUCAGCAUCAGAGAAAUUCAGAGAAGAGAGCAGAGGAGAUUCAGAGAAGUCGAAUGACUAACAGCAUCAUCAAGAACAAACUGGAAAGUGACAUAUUCAUAUUCAUACUCAUACUCACACUCGUUGUUCAGGAUCGUUCAGAACGAGAAAACUCAUAGAUGAUGAAUACUUUUACAGCUAUUUUUACAAGAAGAAAAGUCACUAAAACCACAACGCGACGAGGUAGAAGAUUAAGAUAGGACAAACAAAAAAUGGGGAGGAGCCACCACCUCUAAACACCAGCGCAAGAAGACGAGAAGGAGGCACUCGUUAUCUCUCCGAGCACGCUGUCGCAGACGCAGACGCCAGUGCCCGAGAUUGUAGAUGUUGUCUGCGAGAACGUCAAGUGCGCGGUCGGUUUUGAUUGUGUGCGCGGUUUCUGCGAGAAGCCGCCUAACCGCGAGAAGGCUUCUUGUCGUCUUGAUCCCUGCUAUUUCGCUGCAAACAAUGUGAACAUGAAAGCGCACCGUACUUUUUCUAAAUCAUCAGCUGCUCCUUCUCCUCCGUUUUCUUCUUCUACUGCACAAUCAACAACAACGAAUGCGGGAAGCAAAGGCAGCAAUGCGAGUGCAACUGGAAGUGCACAACCUGCGAAAAAGCAGCCACGAGCAUUGGCUACACGGGAAAGUCGGAAACAGAAGUUAAGGCUACCCCUAAGCCCUAAAAUCCUACAGCAGCUAUGAUCCCUAGCUCUUUAUUUUCGACCUGAAAGUGGAGCAUGAUCCAAGGACAUAACUCUUGAGGAGGAUGCGACCAUGGUAGCUCUAAAAAAGAUGGAGGAGUGCGCGACCCUGGACGAGACACAGUGCAAUGAGACCCUGGGAUGCAAAUUCUUCGAGUCCGAUGCCCCAGCAUGGUUCCGCAGCAAAUUUGGAGAGACCGUCGAGCCGUCCUUCGACUGCAGCGGCUACCCUGAAAUGCCGGAGUAAUGAGUAAGAAGAAACAACAGUACAACGAGUAAGAAGAAGAAACAACAGUACAACGAGUAAGAAGAAGUAGCAGCGUGCGAUUUGCCGGAGUACGAAGAAAAGAUAGUACGGAAUUGCUCUUGCCAGCAGGCGUGAUGGGAGAAAGAAUACAGUAUUGCUCUUCCUGGCAGGUCGUUGUCAGGAGAAACAGGAUUCCAUGUUGUUAGUGUUCGUGGUGGGAG